AUGGAUGUCCAGCCUGAGGACCAACCAGUGGGAACUAAGAAAGAGACCAGUUACCUUGGGAUACAGUUGGAUAAAGGCAGGAGGUUUAGGGCUCACUUUGAGAAAGUUUGUGGUAAGGCUAAUUCUCUUAUGGGGGCGCUGAAGGCGUUGUUACCUAAAGUUAACGGUCCCACUGGCUCAGUCAGGAAGCUUUACUAUGGAGUAUGGGAGCCAGAAGUGCUUUAUGAAUCCCCGGUAUGGGCUAAACCGCUGUUGACCAAGAAUAACAGAAACAUCUUGAAAAGGGCCGCACUUAUAAGAUCGUCUACAGAACUGCGUCGCAUGCAGCGCUGUGCGUAUUGGCGGGCACAAUGUCAAUUUAUUACUAAGUGGAGCUGCGGUCUGAGAUCUACGAACUAA